AUGUCUGUCCUUGGGAUGCUGCUCUCGCUUCUGCUGCUGAUCUCGUCUCUGCAGCAGCCAACAUCAUCACACUCCGUGUUGCACGAUAUUGCAACACAUGAUGAAAAAGACAAAGUCCUUCUGGCAGAUGUGAUCCUAUCCUCCCUGAAUGCAACCGCCACCUGCCUGGAGAAGGAGAAUCUCUUUAGUGAUGUCAUGACGACUCUCCGAAUUCUGCAAGCGUAUGUCAAAGGUGUUAUGGAGCUAUGGGCCAUGAACCCAGCAAUGGAGCCAAUAAGUAAAAAGAUGAAGAUGUUCUCCAUAAAGCUGGAGGAGCUUGUCAACAAAUCCAUUUCUUACUCGUCCGUGGCUUUAUCUGGCAACCUAGGCAUUUUUGAAGUGUUAACCCGGGCAGAUUUCUGGAAGAUUCUUCAACCUUCGCCUCUUAUUAAAGACACAGUGAUCCCCAUAGAAUUAACACCCCUAGAACCGAUGAAGGAAGAUUCCAGCGAGUCAUGCUUGGCAACUCUACUGAAUAACAGAGGUAACAGCGAGUCUUGUACGUACUCAGACGUUUGCAGGCAAUUGAUGACCACGCCUGCCAACUUACAUGACCUGAAAAUUCAGCAGCUGCUGUUCUUCCUUUCCUCCAAAAUGAUUGGAUGCACAAAUGGGAUGUUCGAACACACCCAAGACUACCUGAACCGAGUCUGUUCCAACCUGAUGGACAUGAAUGCGCAAAUUGAAAGCUUUAAGUACCACAGUUCCUUCCGCAGUGAUUUUCUGGAAAGCAUCAUGUUCUGUGGAGCUGCUGGAUUCCAUGAAUUUUACAAACCCCACUGGCUUGUGAAUAUCCUCCACUGGCAGAAUGCAACAGAUGGAUGCUUCAGCACGUCUUGUAAGUGA